GGACUGGUUUUGUCGCUCAUCAAACGGAGUGAACCGUUCUGUGUGUAACACCUGCAGCGUUCUGUGCGGCUCUCUGGUGUUCUGCCGUAACUCGUUCCGUCAGUGAAAACGCGCGCUCUCGGAGCUGCUUCCGUGUUUUUCUGCUGCUGGCGAGUUCGCGCUGCGGGAGCAGAAACGGAACCAUGAACCCGGUGAGUCCAGCGCCCCCCUCAGGUGGUGGUGGGAGCUGCAGGGUGCUGCAGCGGGUGGCGGUGGUCGGUGCCGGGGCGGCCGGACUCUGCGCGGCCCGACACAUCCUGUCCCGACCCGGCAGCUUCGCCCCCCCGGUGGUGUUCGAGCUCAGCGACAACAUCGGCGGCACCUGGUGCUACGACGAGAGAACCGGUCCGCUCCCCGACGGGCGCCCGGUGCUCAGCAGCAUGUACAGAGACCUCAGGACCAACCUGCCCAAAGAGGUGAUGAUGUUCCCUGACUUCCCCUUUGACCCCCAGCUGAGCAGCUUCCUCCCCCAUCAGGAGGUCCAGCGGUACCUGGACAGGUACUGUGAGAACUUCCACAUCCGGACCCACAUCCGGUUCAACACCGAGGUGAGACAGGUGAGGCCCGUCGUCACGACAACAGAGGGCGAGGAGAGGACGGUCACCUGGGAGGUGACAUCAUCAGACUCGUCAGGUGGACAGGAGACGGAGACGUUUGACUCGGUGUUGGUCUGCUCGGGACACUACUCGGACCCUCACCUGCCCCACAUACCUGGAUUAGAAAGGUUCAAAGGAAAGGUGCUCCACAGCCACUCGUAUAAGUUUGCGGACCCGUUCUCGGGUCAGACCGUGGUGGUUCUGGGAGCCAAAGCUUCAGGUCUGGACAUCUCCAUGGAACUGGCCCGAGCCGGAGCCAAGGUGGUCCUGAGUCACAGAGACCCUCCUCUGAGGGUCCCUCUUCCUCCUGGGAUCCAGCAGACCAGCUCGGUGGUGGCGGUCAGUGAGGACGGCAGGCUCCGCCUUCAGGAUGGCUCGGAGGUCCAGGCGGACGUCCUGAUGUUCUGCACCGGGUACAACUUCAAGUACCCCUUCCUGGARGCCGCUCAGCUGGGUCUGGAGGUCCAGGACCACGUCGUGUCCCCUCUCUACCGAUUUAUGGUUCCCCCCGCCUUCCCCAAYCUCUUCUUCAUCGGCAUCUGUAAGAUCAUCUGCCCCUUCCCCAACUUCAACUGUCAGGUCCAGUUUGCUCUGGCCGUGUUGGACGGCUCGGUCACCUUACCUCCUCGGGAGCAGAUGGAGGAGGAGGUCCGGCAGGAGCAGCAGAAGAAGCUGGAGCAGGGGGURCAGCGGCGCCACCUGCUGAAGAUGGACCGGGGUCAGUGGGAGUACUGCGACACGCUGGCCCGCUCCGCUGGCUUCCCGCCGCUGCUUCCGGUGGUCCGCAGUCUGUACGAGGAGGUGUGGCGCCAGCGACAGGUUCARCCCGAAAACUACCGGAAAAACAACUACCGCAUCGUCAGCGCCACCCAGUGGGAGCUGAUCCACUGACGAGACCAGAAACCACCGGUGAGCCAGAACCAGAACCUCAGAGUUCAGACAGGAAGUCCGUCUAACAGACAGGAAGUCCAUCUGACUGACAGGAAGUCCAUCUGACAGACAGGAUAUCCAUCUGACUGACAGGAAGUCCAUCUGACUGACAGGAAGUCCAACAGACAGGAAGUCCAUCUGACAGACAGGAAGUCCAUCUGACAGACAGGAUGUCCAUCUGACUGACAGGAAGUCCAUCUGACUGACAGGAAGUCCAACAGACAGGAAGUCCAUCUGACAGACAGGAAGUCCAUCUGACAGACAGGAUGUCCAUCU